CCAUCCCCCACAUGGCCAUGACUUUCGGUAAGUGACAGCAGCUCAGGAAGCUGAGGGGCCCACACAGGAAGGAGCCGACUGGGACUUUCCUCCCACUGCCUCCGGCCUCUGCCCUCCUGUCCUUAGCCCAGGCUUCCCAGCUGCCAGACAGGCUACACCUAAUGGCGCCUCCAAGCGAGGAGACACCCCUGAUCCCUCAGCGUUCCUGCAGCCUCUCGUCUUCAGAGGCUGGUGCCCUGCAUGUGCUGCUGCCCCCUCGGGGCCCUGGACCCCCGCAGCGUCUAUCCUUCUCCUUUGGGGACCAUUCAGCUGAAGAGCUGUGUGUUUGGGCUGCUAAGGCCAGUGGCAUCCUGCCUGUGUACCACUCCCUCUUUGCUCUGGCCACGGAGGACCUGUCCUGCUGGUUCCCCCCGAGCCACGUCUUCUCCGUGGAGGACUCAGGCACCCAAGUCCUGGUCUACAGGCUCCGCUUUUACUUCCCCAACUGGUUUGGGCUAGAGAAGUGCCACCGCUUCAGGCUACGAAAGGACUUGGCCAGCGCCAUCCUUGACCUGCCCGUCCUGGAGCACCUCUUCGCCCAGCACCGAAAUGACCUGGUGAGCGGCCGCCUCCCUGUGGGCCUCAGUCUCAAGGAGCAGGGUGAAUGUCUCAGCCUGGCGGUGCUGGACCUGGCCCGGAUGGCCCGCGAGCAGGCUCAGCAGCCUGAGGAGCUGCUAAAGACGGUCAGCUACAAGGUCUGCCUGCCCCCCGACCUGCGCGACCUGAUCCAGGGCCUGAGCUUCGUGACACGCAAGCGCAUCCGGAGGACCGUGCGCCGGGCCCUGCGCCGCGUGACCGCCUGCCAGGCUGACAGGCACUCGCUCAUGGCCAAGUACAUUAUGGACCUGGAGAGGCUCGACCCGGCCAGGGCGGUCGAGACCUUCCUCGUGAGCCUCCCUGGGGCUGCUGAUGGUCAGGAUGCGCAGGGGCUGCUCCGAGUGGCUGGUGACAGCGGCAUCGCAUGGAGUCCAGGAGGACAAGAGGCCCUCCAGCCCUUCUGCGACUUUCCAGAAAUUGUGGACAUCAGCAUCAAGCAGGCUCCGCGUGUUGGCCCGGCCGGGGAGCACCGCCUGGUCACCGUCACCAGGACAGACAACCAGAUCCUGGAGGCCGAGUUCCCGGGGCUGCCGGCCGCGUUGUCCUUCGUGGCGCUCGUCGACGGCUACUUCCGGCUGACCUCUGACUCCAGGCACUUCUUCUGCAAGGAGGUUGCGCCGCCACGGCUGCUGGAGGAGGUGGCAGAGCAGUGCCACGGCCCCAUCACCCUGGAUUUUGCCAUCAACAAGCUCAAGACUGGGGGUUCACGUCCGGGCUCGUACGUUCUCCGCCGCAGUCCCCAGGAUUUUGACUGCUUCCUCCUCACUGUCUGUGUCCAGACCCCGCUGGGUCCUGAUUACAAGGGCUGCCUCAUCCGGCGUGACCCCACGGGGACCUUCUCCCUGGCUGGCCUAGGCCGUCCCCACAGCAGUCUUCGAGAGCUCUUGGCAGCCUGCUGGGACGGUGGGCUGCACGUGGAUGGGGUUGCGCUGAACCUCACGGUCUGCUGCACCCCCAAACCCAAAGAAAAGUCCAACCUGACUGUGGUGCGGAGGGGUUGCAACCCACCCACGUCGUCCCCUGUUCAGGCCCAAUCCCAAUGUCAGCUGAGUCAGAUGACGUUUCACAAGAUCCCUCCUGAGAGCCUGGAGUGGCAUGAGAACUUGGGUCACGGGUCCUUCACCAAGAUUUACCGGGGUUGUCGCCAUGAGGUCGUGGAGGGCGAGGCCCGGGAGACGGAGGUGCUGCUCAAAGUGAUGGAUGCCAAGCAUAAAAACUGCAUGGAGUCAUUUCUGGAAGCAGCGAGUUUGAUGAGCCAAGUGUCAUACCAGCAUCUUGUGUUGCUCCAUGGCGUGUGCAUGGCUGGAGACAGUAUCAUGGUGCAGGAAUUUGUACACCUGGGAGCUCUGGACACGUACCUGCUCAAGUCUGGCCACCUGGUGCCAGCCAGCUGGAAGCUGCAGGUGAUCAAGCAGCUGGCCUACGCCCUCAACUACCUGGAAGACAAAGGCCUCCCCCAUGGCAAUGUCUCAGCCCGGAAGGUGCUCCUGGCUCGCGAAGGGGCUGAUGGGAACCUGCCCUUCAUCAAGCUGAGUGACCCUGGUGUCAGCCCCACUGUGCUAAACCGGGAGAUGCUCACUGACAGGAUCCCCUGGGUGGCCCCCGAGUGUCUCCAGGAGGCCCGGACACUUGGCUUGGAAGCUGACAAGUGGGGUUUUGGUGCCACAGUCUGGGAGGUGUUCAGUGGGAUCCCGAUGCCCAUCAGCACCCUGGAUCCUGCCAAGAAGCUCCAGUUUUAUGAGGAACAGCAGCAGCUGCCUGCCCCCAAGUGGAUGGAGCUGGCCACACUGAUCCAACAGUGCAUGGCCUAUGAGUCAGGCCAGAGGCCCUCCUUCCGCGCCAUCAUCCGUGACCUGAACAGCCUCAUCACUUCAGAUUAUGAGCUCCUCUCAGACCCCACACCGGGUGCCUUGGCGCCCCGUGACGGGCUAUGGAAUGGCGCCCAGCUCUACGCCUACCAGGACCCUACCAUUUUUGAGGAGAGACACCUCAAGUACAUCUCACAGCUGGGCAAGGGCAACUUCGGCAGCGUGGAACUGUGCCGCUAUGACCCGCUGGGUGACAACACGGGCGCCCUAGUGGCAGUGAAGCAGCUUCAGCACAGCGGGCCAGACCAGCAGAGGGACUUCGAGAGGGAGAUCCAGAUCCUCAAAGCCCUUCACAGCGACUUCAUCGUCAAGUACCGCGGUGUCAGCUAUGGCCCAGGCCGUCAGAGCCUGCGGCUGGUGAUGGAGUACCUGCCCAGCGGCUGCCUGCGCGACUUCCUGCAGCGGCACCGCGCGCGCCUCGACGCCAGCCGCCUGCUCCUCUACGCCUCGCAGAUCUGCAAGGGCAUGGAGUACCUGGGCUCCUGCCGCUGCGUGCACCGCGACCUGGCAGCGCGUAACAUCCUGGUGGAGAGCGAGACGCACGUCAAGAUCGCCGACUUUGGCCUCGCCAAACUGCUGCCACUCGACAAAGACUACUACGUGGUCCGCGAGCCCGGCCAGAGCCCCAUCUUCUGGUAUGCCCCAGAGUCCCUCUCUGACAACAUCUUCUCACGCCAGUCGGAUGUCUGGAGCUUCGGGGUCGUCCUGUACGAGCUUUUCACCUACGGCAACAAGAGUUGCAGCCCCUCAGCCGAGUUCCUGCGGAUGAUGGAAUGUGAUCGAGAUGUCCCCGCCCUCUGCCGCCUCCUGGAUCUGCUGGCUGAGGGCCAGAGGCUGCCCGCGCCUCCUGCCUGCCCUGGUGAGGUUCAUGAGCUCAUGAAGCUAUGCUGGGCCCCUAGCCCGCAAGACCGGCCAACAUUCAGUGCCCUGGGCCCCCAGCUGGAUGCACUAUGGAGUGCCAGCCGGGGGUAGCGGAGAGUGUGACACUCACACCUUCCCUGCUUGUCUGGAGGGAGAAGCCCACUUACUUCAUUUUUCUAUCUGCUGCACACGUAUCUCUGGGUUCUGGUCUUUGUGGACUGGCUGCGUGACCUUGGGCAGGAAGUUGCCCCUCUCCUGGCUUCCGGCUUCACAGAGACCCCCAUGGGGCAAAUGACAUUGCAUUUGGGCGGCACCCCCGGCUUGCGGGGCAACAGCAGGCUUGUGGAGGCAGGAACUUGUAAAGAUCCAAGGUGAAUGCCUCGGUGGGGCCUGCUAUGCCUUGCCCCAGAAUUGAGAAACCAGAUUCAAGCCCCUCCCAUCUUCUGAUCCUCUCAGGGUUUGGCCUCGAGCUUCCUGUCUCAGGAAAGAUGUUGCAGAGCUUUAAGUAUAUGAUCUCAGGCUUCUGUUCCCACAUCCCCCUUUGCUGGAAGAAGCCACAGAGAAGAGCAGCUAGCGCUGUUUGGAAAUUCACUUUUUGGGAGGAGCCUGCAUGACUUUUUGGGAUCGUGUGAGGGGCCGGGAGAGGCUGGGGUCCCAGUCCCCGCGAACUGUACCAGAGCGCCCCGGGGCUUCCGUUUGCCCACUUGAGCACUGGGACCCUUUCUGUCCUGACCGGAGGGUCACACAGUUGAUGACGCUGGAGAGUUACAGGACCUUUGCAGCAGCUGAGGGAAGGAAAGGCAUUCUUGGCAGAGGGAACAGCAUGGUGAGAGUGAGGAGGCCCUGAGUACAGAGGUUAAGAGCCCGGUGUUGGAGCCUACGGUUCUGCCACCUAUUUGCCGUGUGAUGGUAGGCAACUUGCCUCCCGUACUGGGUCUCAGUUCCGUCCCCUGUACAAUGGGCACAGAAAUGGUGCUGGCCUCUUCCUGUACCCAGGCAGCUUUUGAAGGCUUUUGAGAAGGCAUCUGGUGCAGGUUAAGCCCUUCCCUCCCCCUCAUUCCUCACCUGCCUGCAGUCUUUUCUGCCGCGUUUGCCCCCCCCCCCAAGACUCUUAUUUAUCUCUCAAAACCCCAGCUGUCACCUCCCUGCAGCCUUCCCUGGCAGGCUCCCACCUCUCCUCACCCACUAUGUAAUCCCUCUGACUGGAGGGCUGGGGUGUCUGUCCAGAUCCCUCUCCUCUGACCUGGAGGCUCCCUGGGGGCUGGGCUGGGCUGGGCACAAAGAGGACCCUGGGAGCGUUGGUUGAAUGAAUAAAGUUCAGUGGAAAGAA